AUGGGUGCGGUGUCGGAGGUGGAUGUGUGUGUUGUCGGAGGGGAUGUGUGUGUUGUCGGAGUGGAAUGUGUGUUGUUGUCGGAGUGGAUGUGUGCGUGUCGGAGUGGAUGUGUGUGUAGUCGGAGUGGAUGGUGUGCGGUCGUCGAGUGGAUGUGUGUGUUGUCGGAGGGGAUGGUGUGCGGUGUCGAGUGGAUGUGUGUGUGUUCGGAGUGGAUGUGUGUGUUUUCGGAGUGGAUGUUGAGCGGUGUCGAGUGGAAUGUGUGCGUUGUCGGAGUGGAUGUGUGCGUGUCCCAGAGUGGAAUGUGUGCGGUGUCGGAGUGGAAGUGUGCGGUGUCGGAGUGGUUGUGA